GUGACCCCUUGUCUAGGCCGCGAUUCCCAGCGCGGCUGCCCAGGCUCCCGCUGCCAGCGAACCGGGCGGGCUGAUGUCCCCUGACUGCGCAGCGGAGGGUCUCGCUCCGCUGACCGCCCCCCGGCCCGUGUCUGGCUCGCGCCAAAGCGGGGCUGGGCUGGGCAGGCCUGGGUCGGCGGGAACGGGGGCUGCCUGGGCAGGGCUCCAGCUCUGUGUAUGGGGGCGGCUGCCCGGUCCCUACCGCUCUCCCGGGGCCCCGCCUCGCUCUGUGGCUGGAGACCGAGCUCCAUUCGGAUCUGGCUGCUGGGCACAACAAACGGAUUCAAUGAAGCUGCCACAAGAGCAUUUGUAGGUGCCUGGAUUCACUUGGCCGCCCAGCCUCGUAGCUGUGCUGUCGCCUUUCCCGCAGAACAACCCGCGGCCCAGUGUUGAGCCACAGCGCGCUCAGCGUACUCAGAGAAGCAACGCUUGGAGCCCAGGAGGACCAGCAACCAUGGCAGGACAUGACUCUGGAACACAGCACAAGUUCACUGGUAUUCAGAAAUACUUCAAUUCCUACACCAUAACAGGCAGAAGGAAUUGUGUAGUAGCUACAUAUGCAAGCAUUGCCAUGGUCAUCUUAUAUUUCAAACUAAAGCCUAAAAAACAAACUGCAGCGGUGACAGAAAAAUAGUGGUUGCUGGUAUGCGUGUUAGUAUUGGAUCUCGUAUUGCAAUGGAAACAGGAGUUGAUGUACUAUUAUGUACAUUUCAAUAAAACAAACAAAACAUCA